GGGAAGAAAUCCUUUACUUCAAACACACUCAACUUUGCAGCACAGCUUAACUACAAAAAGAUGCCGGGCAUUGUCUCAAAGAGCCAAGCUAAAGGUGUUGAUUUCUGUGGAGGAUAUGAAAACUACUACAUAAUUCACGCUGAUCUUGGAUGUUAUAUGUACUCGACAAAUUUCCACCGAGGAGAAAGCCUCACAGUUUACAGCAUACAUCCCUCCUGCCAAGGUGGAGACCACUACUUUGCUGACACCAAAUAUUGGUACAUCAUUAAAGGCAACACUUACCGCUACUUGUCUGAUAUAAGCAAGGAUAUUGGUACGGAAGUCUAUGACCUCCACCCAAACUGCAGAGGCGGCGACCACUAUCUGUGUUCUUAUGGCUAUUUCUACAUAAUCUUUCAGCGCAAAGGUGUGUUUCGCCAAACGACUGAUUUGACAACAUAUAGUUAUGGAGCCGAAUACAAACUGCAUCCCAACUGCAGGGACGGCCUGUACUACUGGGGCACAUCGAAAUACUUUUAUUUAGCCAAGCCAAAAGGUGAGUGGGGGGUCCAGUACCACAAAACUGCUGAUCUUAAGGAAGAUACUUAUGCAAACACAUACUCCUUUCACCCUGAUGUGCUGAACUUUCUUCCUGGAGGACUGGCUGAAACGCAAGGCCCAGCAUUUGGGAAAUGGGACCUCAUUAAGACCAUUACCAAUGAUUCUAAAACUCCGGUAACUUGGGAACAGAGGAUAACCCGGAAAGUGGGCUACACCAAAUCCAAGUCAUCAAGCAUAGAGCACAACUGGAAAGUAUCAAUGACCACCACAUAUCAGGCGGGGGUUCUGACUGAAGGAAUUUCCAAAUACCAGUUCUCACUGACUGCAGAAUACGGUGGAGCACAUGUCAGAACAGAAAAUGAAAACUGGGAAGAAGCGACUGAGAUGGAAGAAAAAGUGACCCUGACUAUGCAACCCAAUGAGAAGGUGUACUUUUGGCAGUACAAGCUCGGCUUUGGCCAAAAAGAUGUCCUCUUCUGCCGUGACUUAAAGUUUAAAGAUGAUCCUAAUCCCCCUACUGAAGUUCCUCUCCCACCGUCCAAGAUGUAGCUGGUAACCAAUACUUUGGAUGUGCAAAUUUUUCGACAAGGUCUCAAAACUUGAUAUAAACAAGUAAAGUAAAGAAGUCAAGAAGUCUGAGGUAUUUUACCAGAUGAAAUUUGGAACUCUCAGCAGAAUAAAAUCUUUUGUAAUUCUCUUCAAACUUUGUGAACAUGAUGUAACUACAUAAAGAUUGGAAAACUAAAGUAAUCAGUGUGAAGGCUGUAAUGACUUACACAGCGUGAAAUGAAAAAAAGAAACGGCAGUUCAGGAGGUCAAAAUGAGAUUUGAGAAGAUUAAAGAAAAUUUUGCAGAAACCUGAUGUUAAAAGCUUGACUUUUACAACCGGAUUAUGAUCCAAAACAUACCUUAAAAUUUUGAAACGGCCUGACUCUCCUCUGACUUAAACAUCAUGGAACCUUUGUAAAUAGACAUUAAACAAGUUUUGCUGCAAGCCAAGCCGUGAAUCCCUCCGCAACAACAAUCAGGAAAAACUCGGACGACAGGAACUAAAAGACUCUUAACUGAUAUUAAAACAUUACAAGAACAAACUCAGUAAAAUCCUUUAUAUAUUCUUACAUUUCUGUAAUGAAAAUGUAAUUUAGCUUUAAACAAGUGUGAACUUAUUCAAAUAAUCCAUUCAGAUAACUCAUAAAAUGUUGUAUAUUUCUAUAUAAUAAAUCACAUUAUGAAAAAAAA